AUGAACACAACUGAGAAGUUUUACCUUCACGUUGAUGGCAUCCUCGAAACAUUCAACUCUCUCACCGGGCAUCACCAAUCACGCAUUACGCACCCAGUUCUUGAGAGCAAAGUCAUUAACCCUGUACCUCAGCACCCCAUAGUCUCAAACAUAUCGAAAACAGGCAUGGGUAUCAUCAAAACGGUUCAAGGGCGCUUGAGACAACAGGGCAAGAAAGUUGUUCCGCGUAGAUCCUCGAGUUCUGGCAAUCGGCAGGUUUCCACUGAUCGACUCCCAAAAAGGUCCAUGGAUCUGCUGGAGUUGGGUCUGACCAAGCCAAGGAACUGUCACAGAAUAGUUGUGCUUGGCGGACCUAGAGUAGGCAAAACCAAGAUCCUCCAGCGGUUCUUGGGGGAAGAAUUUGAAGAGCACUAUGAACCCACAACCGAGGACUUUCACAGAAAACUGUUCCACAUAGGAGGAGAGUCGUACCAGGUCGAUCUUCUGGAUGCCGCAAAUGAGAGGAACUUCCCUGCAAAACGGAGGUUAUCCAUUCUGACAGGUGACACCUUUCUGCUUGUGUUCAGUUUGGAUGACAGAGAGUCUUUCGAUGAAGUCUGCGAGCUUCUCAACGAGAUCAAAGCUGCCAAGGCAAAGUUACUUAAAUCAAAACAUCCCGCGAGAGUACCAGCCGUGAUAUGCGGGAAUAAAGGGGACUUGGGAGCGCAGAGAGCCGUCGCGCGGUCAGAGGUGACAGAAAUCCUCGGAGAGGACGUCGCAUUCUUCGAAACCUCGGCCAAAGACGGCACCGGACUGGAAGAUAUGUUCAGGGCCCUUGCCUCUCUGGGCGGACUGCCUGACGAGACCAGUCCGUCGCGGCAUCAGAUCGUACCCAUCCGCACCUACCAGUCGCUAUGCAUCGACCAGAGAGGCAGGAGAGGGAGCCGGACGCGGGGACUCGGAGCGCCGUGUGCCGCCAUGGACCCUCUGGCGCGCCGCCCGAGCUUCACCAGCGACCUGCGGCUGGUGCUAAGAUCAAGCACCAAACACAACAAACCCGAGAGGUGUCAGAUUCAAUGAAUUGUGAGCCUUCUCGAUAAACCAAUUGUAGUAGUAUGCUACAAUGUCGUAUUAUGUAAGGAGUUAUACUCUGUAGCAUCUGGCUGG